CUCUUUAUUCGUACAUUCUCCAACAAAUAUUAUUGUCAAACACUGUAACCCCAGCCCACUGAACACUGAACUUAAUUGACUGAUAUAGGAACAAUAUUUAACUAAACUUCGUCAUUCCGCAGAACAGCAUGAAUUCAUCAAUCAGGCCUUCCCUUCAAUUGCUGAAAAUUGAUGUUUUUCGGGCCCUAUGAUCUGAGAGCAAACAAUUUGUGUGUGUCCAAGUACUUGUUUUCAUAAAUGGUGCGGUAUAUUUCUUUCCGUGCUUGGAUCAAUCACUUCCUUGCUUGUAUGAGAGGUUAUCUUGGUUGCUGUGCUAAAUCCCAACCAAUUAUUGCGGUGGAUGAACCAUCAAAAGGAUUGAGAAUUCAAGGACAGGUGAUGAAGAAACCGAGCAUUUCAGAAGAUUUUUGGAGCACCAGCACGUGUGAGAUGGACAACAGCCAAUUUCAAUCUCAGAGAAGCUUAUCAUCAACUAAUUUAUCAAAUCAGAGCCUCAAUCAGUACAGUGGCACUGGCAGCACUAGCAACUGUUCUGAGUUUAUAAAUCAUGGUUUUAUGCGUUGGAACCAAACCAGGCUUCUGUGGAAUGGAAGUAAAAAGUCUCAGAGCAAAGGAAAAGUUCAGGAGCCUGUUUUAAAUUGGAAUGCAAGUUAUGAAAGCUUACUGGGCACUAGCAAGCGUUUCCCUCAGCCAAUCCCUCUCUCUGAAAUGGUCGAGUUUCUUGUGAAUAUAUGGGAGCAAGAGGGAUUGUAUGAUUGAGUGAUUUAUUCUCUCUCUCAAUGUCCAAUUUUUUCGUGAUAUUGAGCCCUUAUAAGAAGGUGGGAUGUACUGUUUCUAAUAGGGAAGGGUGUGAAAAGAGAGAAAAUUUAGUACAAGUUGUUCUAUGCCUGGAAUAUCCUAUGCUGCAUGGUUACUUAGUUUUACUGUCUCUUAAUGUGUAGUGUUCUUUUGACUGGCUUUUAAAUGAAUGUAAGACACAAUCACUGUCGAUUUUUUCAACUCUUUCUUAGUUGAUUUCAUUUUUAAACUGU